UUCAGUGGUUUCACUGGUCCUCUCUGUCCGUGUGUCUCCUCAGUUCUCUCACUGUUUGAGGUCGUGUCCUGUUGUUGCAGCCUGUGAAGAAGAACACGCGCCGAGCCGCUUUAAUGCGGCUGGGAAUGGGUGAAAGUGCAGGGAAAAUGAGGCUGGAUUUGGAAACGCCGGAUCUGGCAACCACAAGACUUUCUGGAAAGGAGGAGGGACGUCGGAGCAAUCCUGAGCAAUGCCUUUUGGGUUGUUGCCUUAGGUCGAGGGGUUGAACUUUGUCACAGAUUUCAUUGAUCAAGAUUUUUUUUCAUCAUUUAACCCCCAGUGACACAUGCCGCCAUACCGCGCUCUGCAAAAUGUACGUCUGGUUCACGCUUUUAGCCGGACUGGCUAUUUUGCCCCUUUUUCUCCUGAAAACACUGAAAUCACUUUUCCCAUACUUGGGCGAAGACUGUGUGUACAUGCUGCGAAGUCUUCGGCUUGGCCUCAGGCUGACCAAAUACAAGAAGAUCAAGCCUUUCUACAGCAUCGUGGACUGCUUCUUGGAUGCGGUGCGGAGGAAUCCUAGAAAGACCUUCCUGCAUUUUGAAGGCAGGGCUUAUUCUUACGAGGAGGUUGAUAAACAGAGCAACCAGGUGGCCAGAGCCCUGCAGGCUACAGCGGGUCUGAAGGAGGGGGAUACCGUCGCUCUGUUUCUGGGGAAUGAGCCCUGUUAUGUGUGGCUCUGGCUCGGUCUGGCCAAAAUAGGCUGCCCGGCCGCCCUGCUCAACUUCAACAUCAGAUCUAAAUCUCUGCUGCACUGUUUCUCCUGCUGCGGGGCCAAAGUGCUCAUCACUUCUGCAGAGCUGAAGGACGCUGUGGAAGAGGUUUUGCCAACAUUGCAAGCACAGGACAUUUCGGUCUACCUCCUGUCAGAGACGUGCAACAUCCAGGGCAUCAACCCUUUGUCUGACAAGAUCUCCCAAGCCUCAGACCAGCCUCUGUCCCGGGACCUCAGGGCCAAUGUCAAUAUCAAGACCACUGCCCUUUACAUCUACACCUCAGGCACCACAGGUUUACCUAAAGCUGCCGUCAUCACUCAUGAGAGACUGUGGGCUGCCUCCUUCCUCCAGUCGGUGUCAGGCGUCACAUCAGAGGACGUCUUCUACAUCAACCUCCCUCUCUACCACAGCGCCGGCUUCCUCAUCGGGAUGACAGGAGCCAUUGAGAGGGGUAUCACCAUCAUUCUGAGGAGGAAGUUCUCUGCUUCUCAGUUCUGGGACGACUGCAGGAAGCACAAUGUAACCGUGAUGCAGUACAUCGGAGAAACAAUGCGCUACCUCUGCAACACACCCAGGAAAGACAACGAAAAGAACCACAGCGUGAGAAUCGCCAUUGGCAAUGGGGUCCGGACGGACGUGUGGACGGAAUUUCUGAAUCGAUUUGGCGACAUUAAAGUCAGGGAGCUGUACGCAGCCACAGAGGGAAACAUAGGCUUCAUAAAUUACACCUCCAAGGUUGGCGUGGUCGGCCGAGCCAAUUUUCUCCAUAAGAAAAUUCUUCCCUACACUUUGAUCAAGUUUGACAUAGAGAAAGAGGAGCCAGUCAGGAACGCCCAGGGUCUGUGCGUUGAGGCAGCGAGAGGUGAGACGGGACUUCUGGUGGGAAAGAUCACUAAAAUCUCUCCGUUUAGUGGAUACGCCGGCAACCAACAGCAGACAGAGAAGAAGAGGCUUCGCGACGUCUUGAAAAAAGGCGAUCUGUACUUCAACACCGGCGACUUGCUCCUGAUCGACCGCGACAGCUUUGUUUACUUUCAGGAUCGAGUCGGUGACACUUUCAGGUGGAAAGGUGAAAACGUGGCCACCUCGGAGGUCGCAGACAUCCUCACCAUGGUUCACUGCAUCUUGGAGGCAAACGUGUAUGGUGUCAAAGUCGAAGGUCACGAGGGGAGGAUCGGCAUGGCGGCCGUCACUCUGAAAGAAAGGGAGACGUUCGACUGCUCCGACACCUUCAAGCAAGUGGCCAACUAUCUCCCAGCGUACGCCCGACCCCGCUUUAUCAGAGUUCAGCCGUGCCUGGAGAUGACGGGGACGUUCAAGAUGAAGAAGGUGAGGCUGGUGGAGGAGGGAUUCAACCCGGCCGACAUCAAAGAUCCUUUGUACUUCCUAGAUCCUGAGAAAAAGGCGUACGUUCCCCUCACUGAGGAGAUUUACGCAGCAAUAGCCUCAAGGGAAAUAAAACUCUAAUGCAAAAUGAAAUAACUUGGAAAUAAUGUGAUGCUUAACAAAAUGUUGACAUGUGGUUUGUAUAUCAUGUAGACAGCCAACAAGUGUGUAACAGCCUAACUCAUGGACCUCGUAACAGCAACUAAUCUCAGGGAUAAACUGCCUUUGACAGACUAAAAUCACAUUUUAUGAGACUUUUUUUUUUUUUUUUUUUUUUAACAGAGCUACUGCACUGUCCUCCAGUCAUUGUACAUAUUUACCAUGCCAACAGUGUCUAAUGUACAGGUACUUCUCAUUGCCAGUGUUGUAAUAAUUAAUUAAACUUUAUCAAGUGUCAUUUUUUCCUCUUAUUUUCUACAUUUGUUUCAAAGCAGAUAAGUUUGCAGCAUCACAAGUAAGUUCCCCGUGUCCCUCAGCGGCCUGUAAAUCAACCUGCU